GUUGAAUACAGUGUUUUGACAGUUCCCGAGUGAAAAAUAUUUGCUUCCCGCGUAUUUUCCCCGAUUUUCACGGGAUUUAGUGGGUUUUGAGAUACAUUUCGACAGGGAAUCGGCAGUGGGUGCCAAUGAGCAGCAAUAGUCACGAUAUGGCUGACCCAAAUCCCUGGGAAGAGAUUGAGCUCACAGGCCGCUUUUCCGAGGAAAUGGCACUACUGUGCAUGAAUCAGGACUACUCGGACGUGACCUUUGUGGUGGACGGCGCGAAAUUGCCGGCGCAUCGCGUCAUCCUGGCGGCCAGGAGCGAAUACUUCCGGGCGAUGCUCUAUGGGGGCAUGUCGGAGUCUUCGCAGAGUGAGAUAGUGUUGAAGGUGCCCCUGGAGGCUUUCCGGGCAUUGCUGCGCUACAUCUACUCGGGUCAAAUGUCGCUGGCGCAGAUGCGGGAAGAGGACGUGCUGGACACACUUGGGCUGGCCAAUCAGUAUGGCUUCUCGGAGCUGGAGACCGCCAUCUCGAGCUACCUCAGGCAGGUGCUGUCGCUGGACAAUGUUUGUGCCGUGUUGGAUGCAGCUCGUCUAUAUGCCUUUGAGAAUCUCAUGUCUGUUUGCCACACGUUCCUGGAGCGCAACACAAACGAAAUUCUCAAGCACGAGUCCUUCAAGAGUCUGUCCGAGGAAUCUCUCAUUGGACUACUGCAGCGUGACUCCUUCUCGGCGCCCGAGGUGUCAAUCUUCCUGGCCGUGCGUGAGUGGUGUGCCGCUAAUCCAGACUCCAACAUUGAUCUGGUCGUGUCUCACGUGCGUCUGCCACUGAUGGAGAUCAAGCAGCUCCUGACCGUGGUGCGUCCAUCCAACAUCAUCGACUCGGAUCGCCUCUUGGACGCGAUAGAGAAGAAAAUCACGAGCAAAUCUCUGCCUUACCGAGGCGCUCUGUGGCCAGAAGAGAAUGUCGCCUCGCUCAAGUUCGAUUCGCGCACAAUUCAGGGCGAGUUGCGAUCUUCCUUGCUGGACGGAGACACGGAUUCGUAUGACAUGGAGCGCGGCUACACGAGGCACACGAUCAGCGAAUCCAAUGAUCAGGGCAUCGUGGUGGAGCUGGGCAGUAUCAGCAUCAUCAACCACAUCAAGAUUCUUCUCUGGGACAAGGAUGUCCGCUCUUACUGCUACUAUAUCGAGGUGAGCGUGAACCAGCAAUAUUGGGAGCGUGUGAUUGACCAUCGCGAGUACAAUUGCCGCUCCUGGCAGUAUCUCUACUUCCCCGCGCGCGCUGUGCGCUACAUCCGCCUGGUGGGCACUCACAACACGGUCAAUAAGGUGUUCCACGUGGUCUCUCUGGAGGCGAUGUACACGGCUAAUGUUCCUCCGCUCCACAAUGGCAUCGUGGCGCCCGUGAACAAUGUGGCGACGCUGGAGAUGAGCGCGAUCGUUGUGGACGGCGUGAGUCGCACUCGCAAUGUGCUUCUCAAUGGGGAUGUGACAAACUACGACUGGGACUACGGUUUCACGUGCCAUCAGCUCGUGAGUGGAAUGAUCCUGGUGCAGCUGGGACAGCCCUACUACAUUGGAUCUCUGAGGCUGCUGCUGUGGGACUUGGACGAUCGCAACUACUGCUUUUUCAUUGAGACGUCCACGAACAGAAAGAACUGGGAGCUCGUGGUGGACAAGAGGGGGGAGCCGGUGAGAUCCUGGCAGCACUUCACGUUUCCACCGCGUCCGGUGGUGUUCAUAAAGAUCGUGGGAACGUACAACACCAAUAAUGAGAUCUUCCACUGCGUUCACUUUGAGUGUCCAUCGCAAAAGCCAGCUUAUCUAAGGGCACUGAAAGAGGGUGAGAUUACGAACCCUCAGCAGAGUUCCUCCACACAAACAUCACAAGCUGACAUGAGCCCUGAGGCGGCAUCUCCAUCCGCGGAUGCGGCACAACGCAGGAUCUGAGAUGAACAUGAGAUUUUUUCCCUUAUUUCCAUCCACAAGUAUUUUGUUGGUACUCUGAAUUUGUGACUUUUUUGAUUAUUGUGCUUAUGCGAAGCAGAUAUUUUUGUUAAUUCUA